AGCGAGGGCGCGGCGGAGGCAUCGCUUCCCCCCGCGCGCGCGCGCGCGCGCUCGGCACCGCCUCGGCCGCGCGCGGUGGGCUCCGAGGCGAUGCUGGGCGUGCAGUCGAAGCGAAACGCGACGAUCAUCGCGGGCUCCAUGUGCUCGGUCUGGGAGAUUGAGCACUCCGACGUCCGAGGCAUCCUGGAGCGGCACCAGAUGGAGCGGCAGAACUUCCUCCACCUGGUGGAGGAGCACCUGGACCGGCAGGUCGCGUCGCGGAUCGUAGAACACCCGCUGUUCGCAGGGUUCCACCAGCAGUUCCGCACCCUCAUCGGCGUGAACUGCGAGCGCCGCCUCUAUUUCGCGGGCGAGGCAGUCGUCCGCGAAGGCGUUGUCGGCGACCGCCUCUUCGUCUUCAACCUGGGCGCCGCCCGCGUGGAGAUGUUGGGGCAGCGGCUGGCCAGCGUGCAGGGCGGGGGCGCCCACUUCGGCUUCGCGAUGCUCCGCCCCGUGGGCGUGACGAAGGAGCGGUAUGCGGUGACCGUCACGGCGGAGACCAUGUGCCAGGUGCUGAUGGUCACGCGCAGCAGCUUCGAGCACGCCCUGAACAAAUACCCGGAGAUGCGGGAGGCGGCGCGCGCGCUGGAGCUUGAGGAGUCCAGGCGCUACAGGUGGCAGGUUGACCGCGCGAGGUCACUGGUCAAGACGCAGGUGCAGCGUUCCCAGAACUUGCGCUGCAUCAUGGAGGCCUUCGGGGGCGUGGUGCUCACCCGCGGCGCCUCCGAGGACUCCGAGACGCGCAGGCAGAUCGAGAGGGCUUUCUUCGAGGCCUGGCGCGGGCAGGCCUCACGCGCCGCGGAGGCGCGCCGCGAGGCGGAGUCGUUCAGAGCAUCCGGCGAAAGGCACAUCGAGAAGUGGCUGGUGCGCCGGCGGGCGCAGAUGUCGGAGGCGAAGCGGCGCCGUGCCAGCCUGGACGGCGGCACCGAGGAGGAGCCGCCGCCGCCCGCUUGGGCUGCGGCGCCGCGGUCCGCGAGGGAGGCGCGGCCCAGGCACCAGCCGGUGCCCGUAGACGCUGGCGGCUCGCCGUACUUGUCGCCGGUGCCGCUCUGGAGGCGCGCGCCCCCGGCGCAGCUCUGGCAGCCGCAGCCCCCCGCGAUCCCGCUGCCGCUGUGGCCCAGCAGGCGCCCAGUGACAGCGCCAGAGCCAGCAGGCGCCGCGGCGGCGGCCGGCGGCGCCGCGGCGUGACGGCCCCUGGGCGCUGCGCCAGGGGGCCUCCCGGGUGGCUGAGCGGCGUUCCCCGGCGCGCCCUGCCUUCGCCCGGCCCCAGGGAAGGGGUCCAGGUCUCUAGGGAUCGACACCGCAACAUUUCAAUUUCAUGUACGCGGCCAUUACGGCCUAGAGGAGUGGACGCAAGAACGUUUCACUUGCGAGAUUGGUAAUGCCAACUCGCGUAUUGAUCGCAUGUAGUACAAUCAGCAGAGCGAGGCGAUGGAUUAGCACCUCGACUGUACAGCUUGGCCCUCCGGUGUUCGCUACCUGCGACUGCCAGUCCGAAUCAGAGUGCGUGCAGGAGUCGGCGCUCUUCUCACCCCGCGCCUGCACGCUUCUACAGCGCCUGUACAGGCAGCGGUGCCCGGAGACGUGGUACCGCUAUGUUUUUUUUAGCGCGGCAUGCCGGGGCUCUUCGAAGAAGGUGCCCCGCGAGCAACCUCGCAGUCGAUCGGCGCAGCAAUGGCUCAUCGUUGUCUCUGCACGCGUUGUGCCUGCGCCUUAGUGACCCCCGGAAGCGGCAGGGCCGGUUUUUUCACAGUUUCCGAA